GUCCUAGAUGUCCGAGGCUCAUCUCUUGGGGAUCAUGAGAUCUCCUGCUUCCAGUCUAUUGAGAAUCUGACCCACCUUUAUCUAGAAGUACCUGAGAGCCGACCACUGCGCCCUGAAAACAAAGAGGAACCGCGUGUGCCCCCUAAUCCACAGACUCGCAAGAUGCGAGGCCCCCUUUCCACCACAGCGUGCUGUUUGUGCUACGCUAAGCGCACGCCCGAGGAAGAUUUGGAGCGGCAACGGCGCACGAAGCAGGAAGUACCCAUGAUACAAUUGGCAACUAACAGUGAGAACAGUACCAUCGAGUUCAAUUAUGAGAUGACGCUCCUUGCUGAAGAGGAGUACGGUCUGCACACACCUUUUGUUGAAGCUGAUUUGGCUGAACAGCUUGACCCUGACACUCUAAUUACAGACCAAGGCAUAAUGGCUUUGGGGACAAGAGAUGUCGUUGUGUUGGACAGUGGACGUCACCCUGUGGAGACAACUGUUUUCCGAAAUCCUAACCUGACUGAUUUGACAAUUCUUAACUGCAAAGGUGUUACAGAUUUAACACUUAUUCAUUUAGUUAUGCUGUCAAGUUUGAAGAACUUGAAUGUAUGUGGAUGUUCAGUUACCCCUGGUGGUAUACAUCAGUUUCGAACCCGUCGACCUGAGGUUAAGAUUGUAUCAGAUUAUUGUGGAAAAAAGGAUUGAGUAUAGAAUUUUGGUCUAUGUUGAUUUAUGUAUGCAUUCUACUCCUGUAUGGAGUUUAAAUCAGAUGUAUCUAAAAGGUGAUAUGUAUGUACCCUGUGCAAUGCAUACAUAGAGAAUCCUUUGCGGUGAGUGACCAGAAAAUAUUUGUAUGUUGAGCCGUCACCAUAGCUCUAACAUUAAGAGCUUUAGUGUUUAAAAAUGUCUGAUCUAUGAAUAUACUGAAGCCUAUUCCAAGCACAUCCUUUGUGCUUUUAAAUGAGGUUGAAGUAAUUUUCCUGAAUUGUAGUGGAGUAGAAAACCAGACAAAUUACCUCCUGUAAACUGCUGUUGAAACCUAGUAAUUUAUUUAGCAUGGUGUCCUAUUGACCUAUGAGGAGUUGAAAGAAAUAAGCAUGUGUUGUAAUGGAUUUGUGGAUCCAACAAUGAUGGUAUAAAUAUCAUAUUUUGAUUUUAGACCUAUUUGCCCUGCACCUUAAUUUUUAUGCUUUUCAGAAACAAAACGGUCUAGAAUAACUUAUUCUAGAUAUCGCUUUUUCUCUGACUGCAUUUCUCUCGUCAUGUAAUUCUGACUUUUAUUUGUAGAUGGACAUCCAAUCUGCUGUGGAUGAAUUUUUAUUGAUCUUUAAUGCAGUAAUCCAAGCUUUUAUUAAAUUCUAUUCUUUCCUAUUGGAUUUGCAAUUGCCCCAGAUUCCGAACUCCCCUUCCAGCCUAAAGUUUCUUUAAGGAUGAAUACCUUGGAAGGGAUAAGGAAGUAAAUUUUGUGAGAUUUGUUGGCAAACUCGUAUUUCCAAGAAUUUAAAGUUGUACAAGAUUACAAAGAAUUUAAAUAAGAUACACGAUUCUAGGGGUAAUGGAUUUUGGAGUUUGUUGAGAUGAGGAUAAAUUAAGUACAAAAUGCUUAAAAUACCAUGUGAUAUGUCAAAUAUGUAGGUAUAUUUGUGUAUUGUAGAUCUAGUGCUUUGAUUAAAAUGGUUGUGGUUGAAAAUGAAUAGACCAACUCUAACACAUGUCUUGGUACUUGAAGUGGACCCAUCAUCAUGGAUAAGAGAAACAUUUAUUAUUCCUAAAUUUGCAUAUUGUGUUUUCUUAGUGGAAAAUUACAAACAUCUGUGAAGAAACAGAAAUGCACAUGAUGCCUUUGCUGAAAAAUACUAGGUGCAUCAUGAAAAAUACUAUGUGCAACCAUUUCAAUAAAACUCUCACCAACAGAGGUCUUUCAACAUCCGGGAUAGCAUUGUUGAUGUUUGUUGGAAAUUUGUAAGCAGUAAAUGACAUAUUGUGACAACCUACAUUAGUUUACUUACAAAAUUCCUACACAUUAAAAAAAAGGUGACAAAUGCAUUUCAUUUAACUUAGGCUAAUAAGACAUGUUGGAGUGCACUAUGAAUAAAGUCUGAUUAUACAGUGAAUACACAUUUUUGGAAACUUGUUAAUACCUAUUUUCUUCCUGUGGCAAGAGGAAAUUGUUCCAAAUGUUUUGUUUCAACUUGUGUUCGAAGACCACAUGUGUAUAGUGCUCCAGAAAAGGCACUUUGUCAUCAUUAUGGGUGUUAUGUUGGAAAUGGUGAGAAAAGAGUAAAAGAAAUGAUUUAUUCAGUAUGUUUUUAUUUCUACAAAAGGAUUUUGCUUGUUGUGAACAAUUCUGGCAGUGUAAUGUGAAUGAUGUCAGACAACUGAUUUGGGUUUAACUAAUAUAUGUCAGCGACUUCAGCCUUCAACAGCAGCUGUUGGGAUAUCAAGCAAGGAUGGUUACAAUUUCUCUUUGAGGAAUGCAAAGCGAUGUGUUAACUGACCAAUUGGCUGUUAUCACAUAAAAGGGACCGUUCAUAAAAUAAGAAAAAAACGGUUGGCAAAUUUGCUUUUAUUUUUAUCUCCUACCCAGCCCUUUGUAAUAACCAGGACUCUGAUUCUGAUGACCUAACAAUUCCUUAAAAAGUACUUUUAAAAUUACUUUGAAAUAAGGGGAAAACAGCCCAAUUUUUUUAAAAAUAUUCAAAAAUUUGUAUGAUUAUGUUUGUUUAUUCAAGGAAUUUUACCAUUUUAAAUAAAUUUUAAAUUUUUAUGUAUGUUUAUUUUAAGAGGAAACUUAAUUGUUAGCUCCAAUCUUCCAACCAACAAUUUUGAAAGGCCGAAGAAGUUACUGAAGAUCCGUGUAAUUUUGAAAGUUAGAAAAACAGAGUCCACUGCAGUAGUGAAUCAAGUCAUGAACUGAUGAUACAAUAAAACGUGACAAAUUCACUUAAUAAUUGAAAAAUGGC